CUGAAGCACUAGAAACCCCUUCACAUAGUUUCUACCGAACGCCAUUGAUAAAUUUUCGGCGCUUCAGGUCGUUAGCUAGUUAUAAAUUUAUCACUUGAUCGUGCACUCCACACGUUCCACCGAAGGCAAGGCGCUGAAUCAAAACAUCGUGGCUUCGUAGGCGUCCACAACAGUGCUCUCAUCGUACCUGUUAUCUAUCGUAUCAAUCCGUUGAUAGCCUAGCUAUCUGUGCUCACACCUAUGUAGGUACUUACCUGGCCGCAUAACACAACAUAAAAAUCUCAUAUGAGCACGCAUUCUUAUCGCUCGAACAUGCCAGUCGAUUUGCUGCGGACGAUUUUCUUUUCCUCGGCGUACUACUAAUAUUUUUGGUUGUAUAUUUAGAUUAAUAACAGUGUUCGGUAGUCGGUGGCCGAGAGUUAGAAAGUGCACAGUGAAAAAUGGAACCACAUCCGUCAUUUGUUGUUUUGAUGCUCUUGUAUCUUUCACCUGUAGCUCAAGCUGUCGAAACAGCUCUAGAAAUUCCGAAAUGUUGUGAAGAAGGGAGUUAUUUUGUAGGAAACAAAUGUACUUUGGUUGACGAAGAUGUGGACUACUCGUAUUAUGUUUACGAGAGUAAUGCAACACACAUAGAAAGUACCUCUAGAAGAAUGUCAGGUCUAGCUGUCAGAUAUUCCAAUUUUACGUGCCAAACACCAUUGAUCAGAGUAGCACUGACCGACGAGGAUAUCAUUGGAAUCAUCUACAACUCCACAGCACUGUGUAUAAGAUGCUGCGACAACCACAUCAUGUAUUUGUCUCCAGAUAGGUACUGCAUGGAGUACAAAAGAACAAAUAGCAAUGAAACUAAAACGGUUUUCCUUUAUUGCUACCAAGAAUUACCAAAUGUAGCUAUAACAGUGGGACCCAAAUUAUAUAUAAUAUUCCUAUUCAUCUCGACUGUUUGCUUCUUUGCUAGUGCCUUAAUAUACUAUUUGAUAUUGGGUGCGGAUGAUAACAAAAAGGAACCUAGGAAGGUACACAAGAAAUGUUUUUUAGGCUACGCACUCUCUAUGGGAACUACAUUCCUUUUUUUGAUUGUUCUCCAGAAAGUUAAUUACAUAUGCAGCGUCAUAGGUUCAUUAUUCUUCGUAUUCGCACUGAGUUCCUUCGUAUGGUUAACCUGUCUCUGUAUAGAUCUGAUAGUACUAGUAAGGAAUUUCAAAAAGGAUGCCUGUGGAAACAGGUUGAUAUAUUUGUAUUCCUUCUUCUCCACCGUUAUACCCAGUAUCAUACUGCUGAUAUCAACAUUAGUGAAUGAUGAACCAGCUAUGCCAAAUACCUUCAUAAAAGGACACUGGGAAGAGGAUGUUUGCAAAUUUAAAGAGACAAGCCAUCUAAUUUUCUUUGUGCCGAUCUUAGUAAUGCUUUUUCUCGGCUUUUGCUGCGUAGUUUACACAAUACACUUGACGAGAAAAUUCAAUAAAAAGUACGAAAACAAUUAUGACUGGGUAAGAAAAAAGCAACAUCUCAGACACAUGUUAAACUCGAACGGCUUCCUGAUAACCAUCUCAUUCAUCUGGAUCUUGAACGCCAUGUUAGGCAAAGUGAUAGCGUUAGCGAACCAAAUACCAUUUGACAUGCUCGAGUCCUUGCAAGGUAUCUUCACAUUGUUCAUAUUCGUCUUGAACAAGCACACACGGAAAAAAGUGAUACGGACAUGUGGCGAUCGAGAAAGGAGCGCAAGUGAGCGGAUGGAAGAGCAAGAAUUGAAUUAUAUACAGAGGAAUACCAAUGGAGUUGAGGGUAGAUUUGAUUGAGAUGAGCUGUCGUGCGAAGUGUUGAAUAUUUGAAUGAAUGACUCUGAAAACGCGACCAGCUAUGUAGACGGAAGUUGCAAGAAGUUUUUGACGUUCAAGACAGCUUUUACGUUACACGUAAAGAUUGUUUGGUAGAAACGUAUCGUUAAUGGAUAUAGGUGACUAUUAAAAAAAAAAGAAAUAUUUAAGAGUGAUGUAUCAUAACAUUACUUCGUAAUUCAAAUAAGCAGGAUAUCAAAAAUUAAGUUCAUGGAUGCGUAGACCACUGCAUCGCUUCAAGAUAGUCGUGGAAUGAAGAAUGCCGCCUUCCUAGUAAAAUAAAAGUCGGCCCGCUUGGAGGAAUGAGUCUGAAUAGGGUUUUUUUACUGCUGGCAGUGAUUUUGUCUUUCAGAAAUAAAGUAGGAUGUUUUUUGUCGCCACCAGUUGUACAAAAAUUGACUGUUUUCUGGUUAUGGACUUAUAAUACAAAAUGCGUUCCUUUUACUUGCUACGCCUACUGGACAGGAAGUUUUGUAAUCGCGAAAUUUUUCGAAAAUGAGAUAUGUUUUUUAUGUUAUAUGGCAUCACAGAAAACCAUGUCACGCAUUUCCGUUGGUCUGUCUGUUGGUCUGCCUGUCCGCUAAUAAUUGGCCCGUCUAUAAGUUGGAUAGUACUGCAAUUUGGAUGACAUUUUUACAUUAGAUUACUACUAUGCCAAAGACGAAAAAACUUUGUAUUUUUUAAAAUCGGUCCAGUGGCCAAACAUGAAAAAAAUAAAAUCUUUCACUUCGUUUUUCACGUUUCAGAUCAUUCGAAUGAUUUUAAAAAAAAAUCAGGGGUAAGCAAUUCCCAACCUCGGUGAUAGAGGGUCUAACUUGCGCUGAAUAAGUGAAUAUAAUCCUUUAAAAACUGACGGUGUUGCUGAGGGAAGUGCAGAGUCAACCUACCUGACGCAGAAAUUGCCGUGUGUUUCGUCUUCCAUUUGGGCCGCAUUGAAUUGUUUUGAUCUUAAAUUUCAAACAUUCAGGUAAAAAUGACUGUAUAAACGCAAUGCAUAAGAAGCUCGAUGCACGAAAAUUUUGUAUCAGUUGGAAGAUUUGCAGGGCAAAUAAAUGUCCUUCAGUUUGAAAGUAACUCUUGACGUAAUUUUGACUGCCAUUUCAACUAAAAGAUGCCUGUUUGCUAGGAUUAAGUUGGUUACGUUACAUUUGUCGGCCAAGUCUCCAAAGUCACGUAGACGUAAUCUACUUGAUGAUGGCAACAGGCAACAGUACACUUUACUAUUUUCGGCCUGUAAAAGGCAGUUUUCAGAUAUGAAUAUUUUAAUUACCUACCUACCUAGAUUUGUUUCUACUUAAACAAUCUUAUUUGGCAUAUACUUACAUAAUGACUGCCAAAGGAUUAACUGUUGAUCAUAAAUUAUUUCAUACUAUGAACAAGUCUUCAUUUUCUCACAAAUUUCGUUUUAAUUGUAGCCCUCAACAGUUAUCUAAGUUACUACCUUUGUUGCAGAAAUGUUGCAACUAGACUAAUACGUUGCAGAUAGACUGAUGUUUCAUGUAUUUUAAUUUUAUGUUUUUGUAUGAAAUGUAAAUAGAGUUAUUAUAUUGUACAUUCAUAACUUGAGUUAUUAACCCUUUUGCAAGAUUACUGGCAGAAGCGAUAAAAUUAUGGUCUACUCCUUUUCACCAUAUCCCCGAGACAUACCUUAAUCUAAUCUAAUGUAUCAGGUCCGAGAAUCGACUUUUCUAUAUUCAUAUUUACGUGAUCUUUAGUUAUUUAGCUGCAGCAAGGCUUUGAACUGAAUUUUUAUUUAUAGAUGC